GGUAAAUCAGUCGAAAACUAGCGCACGUUUUUCUGCGCAAUAAAUAUACAAUUUUUUCAAUGGGUGGCCCUGUAGCUCUCCGGUCUGUCAAUAUUUUUUCCCCGGAAAGCUACAGUUCUGCAGCUACCUCUAACCCACUCUUUCUCCUUAACUCUUCUCACUGUAUACAUUGUAUCAAAUUGUGUUAAAAUUUUAGUGAUUUGGAAAAUGAUAAAUUUAGUGCUUCUCAGUAAAGGCACCUACUAAUACUGACAUAAUUUUUACACUAUACACAAUCUUUACCUUUCCUUAUUCCUAUUUUAUACUACUAGGUGGCAUCCACACACAGCAUAUUUCCUGUUGUUGCACCACCAAUAUUUCCAAAUUUUGUAAGAGCCAUCUAAUCUUCCUUGCAACACCUUGGCUUGACUUACUUAUGUAGAUGAGUGUGUGAGUAAUUGAGAAUUUUUUUUCAGCGUUUGAAUUUUAGUGUUCAUUGUACCUAUGUUUUGGUAUUACCUGAAAAGUGUAUGUUUCAUUUUUAUCUUUGAGGACAAAGAUUUCUCAGAUCAAGAAGGAAUUAUCAUAGUGUCAUUUUGACCCUCAAAUAAAUUUUUCUAUUUUUGACCCUUACCUUAUAAUUUAUUAUAGGUUCCACAUAAUUUAUUAUAUCUUUAAUUUUGAAAACUUAUAUUUUAUAUUUAUUUACUUUAAUCAAUUUUACAUAAGAUUUAUUUAAAUAAAUAACUUGAGGCUAUCUGUCGAUAAUUCACAAGCACAGUUCAAUUUGUGCCAUCCGAGCUUAUUAAAUAUAUGCUUCGAAGACAUCCGCUGUUUUUAUAAUUACGUAUAGUAUAAUAGAUUUUUAGUAAAGCUGGACUAGGUGUGUAAGCUUUGAUAGCCACCCCCCCCCCCGUAACCGGAAGUCAUGAUCUUGUGUGGUGUUGACCGGAAAUUGUUGAUAUAAACAAUGACCUGUGAUUUUCUAUUUUUGGUCUGUUGUUUUCAAUCCCCUCUCAUAGCCAAGCAUAACUAUUGUUGAAUAUUAUUAGUUAUCACCAGAGCCCCAAUCACACGGUGAUAAGUUGGUGCAGAGAUCCGAAAAAUCCCGGAUGAAAGCAAACAGACCACUGAACUACAACCUGAGGAAUAGGACUCCCAGCUUCCUAACCUCACCAGAGGAUACAGAGACAGGACAACACUCCCAGUCCAGUACCGCUGAGUCCCAGCAGCAACCAACGUUGGACAACGCUGCUGGCCAUCAAGAAACUGGGGCAGACCAUCCUCUUGUGGAAACAGAGGAACAAAUUUACUUGAGUGAAACCAGCUUAUCAGCUGAGGACGUGCAGGUUUAUUUUAACGAGCCUGCAAUAACCAAAGAAGCAGAGCCACAAACAGAGGAUCGUGAAAACAUCGCAGCUGAGGAUACAGAGCAUCAACACAUUGAUUCUUGAGACGCAGAGAGAACCGAAGAUCAGCAGUUUUCUGAUCAACUUUA